GGAAAAUCUAAUUCCAUGUUCGGGGCCAUUGUGAGAAUGAAUAACAAAAAAAAAACCCCGUAUUUUUAAUGGUAAUACUUUGUGCAAAAGCAUUGACAAGUCCUGUACAAGUGCGCGGAAUUGUCUAACUAGUCGGGAGGACAAAUGGACAUUUCCAAAUUUAUUGACACAUUCAAUAUGGCAGCGACAUUGACGAACGCUUCACCGCCAAAGAUGGCGUCUAUAUGUCUAUAGCUUAGGAAGCUAGUGCCAAGGUUGCGGAGGAAGGCGGGACUCCUCCGUAGUCCAACGUGUUGAGUCGAGUGCCCCCCUCCAAGGUUGGCUCAGGAGCUGUUCGCCCUCCACAGGCACCCCCGCGUCGAGCCGAGCAGCCGCGGCUUCUCGCUCGUCCACUCGGGCUACACCGACAUCGCAUGGCCGCCGGGGCGUGCUGCAAGUGUCCCAUUUCGCUGGCCGUAUUCAAGCGCUCUCUAUCGGUCGCGCCGCGGGGUCCGACGCCCGCCUGUACCCGCUCUCUGCUGUCGGGCCGGAGGCUGGGCGAGCGGGGCCUGCGGGAGGCCGCCCGGGCGUCCAGCGCUCUGAGAGCGGCAGGCUUCGGUCGUCACGCGGCCUUGUGUUGUCUGUCGUGCCAGGAGUCCAUGAGCCAGAGCCUGAGGACGUGUUACAUGUACCUGAACCAGACCAGCAGGAGCUUCGCUGCAGUCAUUCAGGCCCUGGACGGCGACCUAAGACACGCCGUGUGCAUUUUCUACCUGGUGUUACGGGCAUUGGACACGGUGGAGGACGACAUGAGCAUCCCCCUGGACAGGAAGGUUCCCAUGCUGAAUGACUUCCACACCUACCUGUACCAGGACACCUGGAGCUUCAGCGAGAGCCAGGAGAAAGACCGACAAGUUCUGGAGGACUUCCCCACGAUAUCUUUGGAGUUCCGAAACCUGGCUGAAGAGUACCGGGAAGUCAUCUCAGACAUCUGCCACCGGAUGGGAGUCGGAAUGGCCGAAUUCCUAGAGAAGAAAGUGGGAUCCAUGAAAGAGUGGGACAAGUAUUGCCACUAUGUGGCAGGGCUGGUGGGCAUAGGCCUCUCUCGCCUCUUCUCGGCGUCCCAGCUGGAGGAGCCGGAGGUGGGCUGGGACACGGACUUGGCCAACUCCAUGGGCCUGUUCCUCCAGAAAACAAACAUCAUCCGAGACUAUCUGGAGGACACAAAGGAGGGACGUGCCUUCUGGCCACAAGAGGCGUGGAGCCAGUUUGCGGGUCGUCUGGAGGACUUGGCACAGCCUGAGAAGCUGGAGUCGGCAUUGUCGUGUCUCAACCUGCUGGUCACGGAUGCGCUGCGCCAUGUGCCGGACGUCAUCGCCUACCUGGCCCGCCUGCGCAACCAGAGUGUGUUCAACUUUUGCGCUAUCCCUCAGGUGAUGGCGAUAGCUACUCUGUCAUCGUGCUACAACAACCCCCUGGUGUUCCAGGGCGUGGUGAAAAUCCGAAAGGGACAGGCUGUCACUCUCAUGAUGGAGGCCACCAACAUGCGAGCCGUGCAGAACAUCAUCAGCCAGUACAGCCAGGAGAUUCUGCACAAGGUCUCGCUUUCUGACCCGUCACGGGACGAAACGCUACGGAUCUUGGCGCUCAUUCGGGAAAAAUCUCAGGCGUCGGACGUGCCCGUCAGGAGCCAACACCUGUCGCCCGUGUACCUGUCGGCCGCCAUGCUGCUGGCGGCUGUCAGCUGGCAGUACCUGAGCGCCGCGGCGACGCAGGCGCAGGGUGCCGGCGAUAUGCAGGGACAGUAAAUUUCUACAAAAGAACAACAAAUCAGACUCAAGAUAGCCUCUUCACUGCCCUUGGACACACCGCAGUGAAUGGACACACCGCAAAUAAGCACUUGGUCACACGUUGCAUGGAAGGCUGUUUGAGCAUUUCUUCAAAGUCUAGCUGAAGGCUCGCCGUACACCAAACGAUGUGACCAAAUACCUUUGAAAUGAAUUUACAAUAAUACAACAUUUUAUUUUUAAUUUCACAAGUUUCUGUGGCUUAUAAAGUGAAGUGUGGAGAGUCUUUGUGUCACCCAAAAUGCAAGAGUUGAGGCGGUGAAUGGGCAAUCACUGUCAAGAGUCUCUCAAAUAUCCACAUGAUGUCCUUCAUUUUUUUUUCUUUGCCCGUUUUCUCUAUUUGGGGAGUGCACCACAAGGGAACAGACACACCCCAAAAGACAUUGAAAUGCAAUAACCAACAUUAGAGAGGGCGAGGACAAAAAAAAAAAAAAAAACAACCCCAGACUGUUGUAAGGAGAGCACAGGAUGGAUUUGGGGGAAAGACAUCACACACAGACCCCCACAGGUGGAGGUGAGGAAGUGUUAUGGCCAUCAAGGUUCCACCAUAUCCCAUCUACAGUUGCGCCAUAAUAGAAAAAUGCAGCUGGAUUGGAGGCUUAAGGAGGAUUCAAAGUCUGUCGAAUGAAUGCUCAAACGGCUGCGCACAAGGUUUCACCUCUGCAAAUCCCUGUUCAUGGUUCUUCUUUCACCUUUUGGGGGAGCUAAACCAUCCCGGAAAACUGUCCAAAAAAGGCAAAAUGGUCACAGCAUCCAUGAAAAAAUCAAGUACACCCAUGGCUCAAAUUGAGCAGGACAGUGACCGUUUUGUGGUUUAUUCCUCCUUGGCAAGCUAAGCUGCUUUUUAAUUUUUUUUUUCCUUCCCUCUGGUGUCAUUCUUGAGGCGUGAGGAAAAAAAAACAAUGAGCCUCUAACACCACUUUUACCAAUGCACUCAAAAUUGGGUGGACAUCUCUGUCUUAAACAGGAUUGAAAGAAAAGGCGCAAGGACUCAUGCAUGCAAUCGAACAGCAAGUUUUGGUUUAAAGCAGCCAUUUUGGACAAUGUUGUAGUUCUUACUUUGCUCCAAUUAAGUUUGCAUAUGCGACUCUGAAGCAAAAAAAAAAUUGUGUACGUUUCGAACCCUUGUAGAAAUAUGUUUAUAAUUUUGAGGUGUUUUUUUUUUUUUUUUUUUAAACAAAGAGAAUGAUUAAUAGUACUGUGUGAGUGUAUGUGGAGUGUAAAUGAGUGCAUUGAGAGGCUGCUAGUGAAGUGUCCUUAAUAGAGCUUUGGCCAGCGCAAAGACACCAAAGGUGAAGCCAUAGAAAACAUUGCUGUGUAAUGUGACACUCAUUAGAUUGGUUUGUACAUGUCAGAGCAAAUAAAAGUGGAAAGGAAAUGAUU